GACGACUGGAGAGGCAGCGCUGGAGGCAGGGCGUGCACCGCUAGGCAGGCGACUGGCAACAGGCGACGCACGCCGUACCGCUACCUCUCCGCAGCGAGCAUAGACACAUAGACACACUGCGCAGCGUCCGUUUGCUGUUCGAGUGCCCGAUUCCUGCCUGUCCUGGACUGCUGCAAUCGCUGCUUCUUAUCGCGAUCCCUGCGCCACACGAUCGCUUCGACUCGCAGCGCUGAUCGGCUCGACGGACCGCGGAGCUGGCGCAGAGCAUAUAGGCCAUGGUGCGCCCCAACCCGCUGCUGCCAGCCCAGCACACGAUGAGCGCGCAGCCGGUGGUGGUCAACGCCCCCGCGGCGCCGGAGCGCAUGAGCUCGAGCUCCACGUCGGGGUCGUCCGACUCGGAGUACGCGCUCGACACGGGCGGCAGCCGCAGCCACGGCAGCCUGGGGCUUGGCGGCGUGGCCGUGGACGAGGGCCAGUAUCAGUUUGCACCGCCCGUGCAGCCGAUGAGCAGCGCGGCCGACGAGGUGCCUCCGCUGCCGUACAGCUACAGCACGCAGCACCCGACGGGCUCGCGCAGCAUCCGCAUCAUGACGAGCGACCUGCCGCCCGGCACCGUCCACGGCCACAGCGGCCACAGCGCGCACAGCAACCCGCGCACGCCACGCCCCGGCGCGGUGCGCAUGCCGUCCAACGCCUACAACCCCGCGCGGCGGCCGCAGCAGUUCUCGCUGGCCAGCAGCCACCGCGGGCGCACCAGCUCGGCCACGCGCUCGCGCCGCAACCCCAACGCCGACUACCGCGCGCAGGAGAAGGCGUAUGUGCAGCGCAUCCGCCAGGAGAACGAGGCCGAGGACUAUGCCUUCGACCCGGCCGCGCGCACGCCCAGCCUGGGCUACAGCACCGACAGCGAGACCGACGACGAGUCGCCGUCGACGGCCGAGUACCCCGAGAGCGACCCCUACGACCAGGAGACGCUGCUGUACUACGGCAACGACGACAUGCAGCCGUCGGUCGAGGAGCUCAAGAUCCCCGCCAACCGCGAGCGCCUCGAGUGGCACUCGAUGCUGGCCAGCGUGCUGACCGGCGACGUCGUCAAGCAGGAGAAGAAGCGCCUGAUUGGCAGCGCCGAGCAGCAGGGCGACAGCACCCUCAAGGCCGAGAUCUGGAUGGGCAUCCGCGCCCGCGUGUGCGGCCGCUCGCUGCAGGCCCAGCGCCGCAUCGUCGACGACGCCCGCUCGCACAUCAAGGGCCUGCUCGAGAGCAUCAUCUCCUUCGAGGUCGAGGGCGCCGCCGAGGCCGGCCAGACCCCGCAGCAGCAGGUCCAGCACGUCGUCAAGAAGAUCGAGCGCCUCGAGAGCGCCUACCCCACGCGCCAGGCCCUCGAGGCCGCCUAUCCGCGCGCCGCCUCGGCCGCCUACCGCGCCGCCUGCGACGCCGUCAUCGCCUGGGACAACACCACCGUACUGAUCAACACCGAGAUGGCCAUCCUGAAGAUGUGGGUCGGCAACGAGGAGCUCGACUUUGUCAAGCCGCGCCCGCGCUCGUCGCAGGACCACCACCUGACCGACGAGUCGUCGUUCAUCGACCGCAUCCUCAAGGAGGACGGGCUCAAGUCGCUGCAGGGCGAGACCAACCUGCUGAUCCCGCUUGAGAAGGUCAUCCAGAAGGCCAAGAGCACGCUGAUCGACAACGCCGAGGGCUUUGCCGAGCGCCACCUGCCGCCCUACAUUGAGGAGCUGCUGACCCUCAUCAACUUCCCCUCGCGCCUGCUGCAGGAGAUCAUCCGCGUGCGGCUGUCCUACGCCAAGAAGAUCAAGGACCCCUCGCAGCAGGGCGUCAUGAUGGCCGAGCAGAUGAUUGCCCAGUUCCAGAUCCUGCUGCGCAUGGCUGGCCAGGUCAAGGAGAGCUACCUGGUCAUCUCGCGCCCAGAGCCCGGCUGGGACCUGCCGCCGUGCAUUGAGGAGAACUUCGACAACGUCGUGCUCGAUGCCCUGAAGUUCUACUUCCGCAUGCUCAACUGGAAGCUGGCUGCCAACAAGAACACCUUCAAGGAGGCCGAGAUCCUCGAGCAGGAGUGGGACUUUUGCAACAAGCUCGGCAGGCAGCUCCAAGGCGGCGACGUUGAGACUGCUGAGCAGUUCAGUAUCCUCACGUCCAAGUCGCUGACACGUCUGAGUGCCCACUUUGAGCGCGAGCUGCAGCGUCGGCCAGACGAACUCACGGGCGCUGAGAUGGAGAAGCGGUACAAGCAGAUCCUCGACUCUGUCCGUGUGCGCCAGCGUAAGCUGUUCCGUUUCUCGAGGAUCUUGACACAGCGGUUUGAGAACUGCACUGAAUACAACAUCAACCACAUCGACCUGGACGACGAACAGUUGAGCGACUUGUACGAGUCUCUCAUCGUCAACGGGCAUUUCCUAGUCGAGACUACUGGCGGCAGCAACAACGGCGUGUACAUCAUCGCAUCGCCUACGCUGGAGAACCGUCCAAAGGAUAUCCAGUCUCUGCUUACCACCUGCUACCACGCGGAGGAGGGCCCUGAAGACCCAACAAACCCCUACGUCUUGAUCAUCAGGCCAGAGGACGCACUCUACUGGGCAGGCAAGAGGAUGUCUGGCAACAUCCACGAGCCACAUCUCGAUCUUAAGCCCGGCAGAUUACGGCUGGUUGCGGACGGCUCGCAGCAGCGUCUUGCCAACGCCAACGCUUCGUUCUUACUGGCCAUAGGCAUGGAUCUGAACACGCUCAUCGACCAGAGGGCCAACCUGCCCCGCGUCAACUCUGAGCUGCAGAAGAUCAAGAAGACGGCGUACAAGCUGUCCAACACCAUCAUGGACAGUGUCGAGAUUGUGCGCAAGCAGACUGUUGGUCUCGACUGCCAGGAUCUCAUACAAACUUGCUUCGCCUUUGCGACAGAGUUUGGUCAGCGUUCCGUGUUGUACAUGGAUUACAAUCGUCGCGCCAUGAACAACAUCAAGCUGACGAGGCUGGCGCUGGACUGGGUCAGCUUCAUCUGCGAUGACUGCGUCGCGUCAGACCGAAAGACUUUCCGAUGGGCUGUCGUCGCGUUGGAGUUUGCUAUGAUGAUGACUCGUGGCCAGAACAUCCUCUCGAUCAGCGAUGAGGAGUACACGAAGCUGCGCGCAAAGGUAGCAGGCUGCAUGUCUGUUUUGAUCUCGCAUUUCGACAUCAUGGGCGCCAGAUCCACAAUCGCCGCGCAAGCCGAGAGGCAGCGGCUGAACGCCAUCGUCGGGAAAAGCCUUUUGGAUCCAAAGAACUCCAAGGACGACGAGGAGUCGAUCGAGAUGACGCAGGCUCAGUGGAUGCAGAGACUUGAGGAGAUCGAUGCGUUCAGAAAAGAGAAGGAGGCCGAACGCCAGGCUCUGGGUAGAGUACUCGAAGACUCGAACGAGGCUGAUCGUGCUCUCACCUACCUGUCCGCUUCCGCGACCAACGUUACUCUGCGAUGGCAGCAGGGCCAAUUUGUGGGAGGGGGUACAUUCGGCUCCGUCUACGCCGCAAUGAAUCUCGACUCCGGCCACCUCAUGGCUGUCAAGGAGAUUCGUCUGCAGGAUCCCCAGCUCAUUCCCACCAUCGUCGCUCAGAUCAAGGACGAGAUGGGCGUGCUGCAAGUGCUCGACCACCCCAACAUUGUCUCGUACUACGGUAUCGAGCCUCACAGAGACAAGGUGUAUAUCUUCAUGGAGUACUGCUCUGGCGGUUCGCUAGCCGGGCUGCUGGAGCACGGCCGCAUUGAGGAUGAGACCGUCAUCAUGGUGUACGCGCUGCAGAUGUUGGAAGGUCUUGCGUAUCUCCACGACGCACGGGUCGUCCAUCGCGACAUCAAGCCUGAGAAUAUCCUCCUCGAUCACAACGGUGUCAUCAAGUUCGUCGAUUUCGGCGCUGCCAAGCUCAUCGCGCGCCAGGGCAGGACGCUCGCCGUCGACAACGCCACGCGUCGCGAAAAGCAAGGCUCCAUGACCGGCACACCCAUGUACAUGUCCCCCGAAGUCAUCAAAGGCGGCAGCACCGGCCGCCACGGUGCCGUCGACGUCUGGUCCCUGGGUUGCGUGAUCCUGGAAAUGGCCACAGGCCGACGCCCAUGGGCAUCCAUGGACAACGAGUGGGCCAUCAUGUACCACAUCGCGCAGGGCGACCCGCCACAGCUUCCCACGCGCGACCAGCUCAGCGAGCAGGGCAUCGACUUCCUAAUGAAAUGCUUCGACCGCGACCCAAACAAGCGGGCCAGCGCCGUCGAGCUGCUCCAGCACGAGUGGAUCAUGACACUGCGGGCGCAGCUCAGCCUCGAGCCACAGACGCCCAGCUCCGAGACGAGCAGCCAGAGCGGCGGCAGCAGACAGAACUCCACCUACGGGUAGUCUGGGGUUGGUGUUGCUCACCAGAACAUGGGCACGGAUCCAUGUUCCGGUUCCCAAAAUUUCGAUGCCCAAAAUUUGCACAUACAUCCCGUUUCUCAGUACCAUUAGCAUCCCAGCGUCUUCCCUGCGCCCCCGUGCGCCCAGCUGCUCAACACAGCACGCCACGGGCAGCGUUUGCAUUAGCGCGGCGCUGUGUUUCGAGUCGGUUUUCCAUUUACACAGCACAUGACAGCAUACAUGAUAAAAUCCAAUUCCACAGCGAUGGUGCAGAGGUGGGAGAACACCAAGUAGUAUAAUCUAGCAUUAAAUAGUAAUCAGCGCCAGGGCCGCUGGCUGGAUUGAGUAAUUGAAUAAAGUUAAGCUGAGAUUGA